UCAAAGCAGAGAGGGAAAGAUAUUUUCAGCAGCUAGUAAAGGAAGGUAUGGCACAUAUAAUGGAGUAAAGUUGUUACUGGAAGGUUACUCCCUCCCCGCUACCAUCUACGAUCAACAGAGGCUUUCACUCAUCCAUUAUAUUGCAUCUGCCUCCUUUAGAAAUGGUGUACCUACCUGGGAUGCAAAGGACAUUCAUGAGUUUUUCUCAAAUCAGAGUACUACAUAAAUGCUGUUGAUUUCGAGGGUAACACAGCUCUUCAUAAGCUAGCCUCAAGACAAGCAGUGAAUGGUAAUGAUGGUUCAUUAUACCUCUGGAAUGGUAAAAGACUGAGUCUGGAAGAUAUAUGGAUCAGCAUGGCUGAAAUAUUUCUUGAUCAUGAUUGUGACCCAAGGAUUAAAAAUCACCGUGGUAUCCUUGCCCAAGAGCUUGCUAUGGAAUAUAGACACCAUGAACUUGCAACGUUACUCAAAAAGAAAUGUGAAAGCCUAGGAAAAGUCGAUUACAGUGUGACAGCAGAUCGAUUCUGUGAGAUGGUGGACGCUGUGAGGAGAGAGAAACAACACAAAUUAUAGACUUAUUAAAGAGUAGUGUUCCUCUUUUACCAUUAAACGCACAUGCUGAACCCUCUAGUAGAAGCCAUCCGUUGUAAUCAAAGAGAUACAGUUAUCUUACUUAUUGGAGCAGGAGCUCCUCUUGGUAACCAGUCUAUAGGCAACAUCACUCCUCUUGAAGCAGCCCAUACCACAGUCGACCUUCCUGCAGUAAUCCCAGCGCUCAUUAGAAAGGCCCUUGGUGACAUGCUUCGCUGGGAAGGGUUAAGAAUAGGACUCGAAGACAAAAUGAAAAUAUUUAGGAAACAAGUUAUCAAUGCUGGUUGCGAAGCUAGGUGGAAAUUCGAAAGCAAUGCAAUAGAAAAGAAAAACAAGGAGGCUAGAGAACUGUUACUGCAGGCAGCGGAACAAGGGUGUAAUAUGUUUAUUCAGAUGUUAUCACAGGAAGACGUUUACUUGCAUUCAACGCAUAGCGAAGAAAAUGCUUUCGGAAAAGCCCUUGAAAACAAUCAAGUUCACACACAACUUACUUUGUGCAGAGAUCUGAAAAUGUCGCCACUGACAUUUACUUUUUCAGCUCUUGAAUCACUCAAUAGUGAUCUUGGCACAAGUAUUCUGAUUGGACAAAUCAGAAUCCUUAGAGGUGCUUGUGAAAAUUCAUCAGAUCCUUUACUGCAAUGGAGAUUAGGGAUGACUAUUGACCGGUGCAUAAAUGACCUUCAGAGACUUUGUGAUACAAGUUACUCACAGAAUACAGAAAUUGGAGAACCACUAAACACAUUACUAUACGCUGUAGCCAAAGAAGGGCUCGAUGCCAUACUGUACGACCUUAUGACGAAGUGCAAAUCUUUUGAUAUAAACAAGGAAAUUGACUUCUCUAAGAGCACUCUCCUCCAUGUUGCAGCCAUGAAUGGACAAAUCAAUAUGAUUGAGUUCCUACUUUACCGCGAGGCGAAGUUGAUCUGGUAACACUAGGUGGGUAUACAGCGGCUCAUCUUGCCGCCCUUGGGGUCACGUAGAGGCCCUUUUAUAUAUUGAAGAACACACGAAGAACAAAAUGAUUGCAAAUGCUAAAUGUCAAGUAGGGGCUCACUGCAUCAGAACUUAUGGCUAAUUACUAUACAGUUUGCAAGAGUCUCACACUCCCAGUAAAGUCACAUGAAGAUGCACUUACUGUCAUGAAUGCAAAAACGAAUUCUGAUAAGGCCUAUGAGAUACUAAAAAGGAAAGGAGAAGCACUGAACAUAACCAAGCCACAAGCUUUGUUUGACUGUGUGGAAAAAAAUACCUUUAUCCAGUGGGGACAUGAUUUGUACCUUGAAAAACAAUCAGAGAAGAAGUUGGCAAGAUCUGCAAUGGCCUCAAAAACUCUGAUUUUGGUGGAAAUCUGUCACUCAUGGGGCCAUUGCAAGAGGAAACUGAAAUAUUUAAUGUCUCAGAUGUACAUUUCACUUUAGAACUGGAGGCAUUUCAUUGCUUGGAUCACACUGCAACUGUAACCUAUGAAGAAACAGCAAACAGCAACCUUACACAUUCAUACUUCGUCAUAAUUCAAAAUCAGAACUUUUCAAAGGAACAAAUUUUAUUUGGGAAUUUUCUAAGGCUAUGAAAACUGCUCUUCUAAGCUAUGAGAGUUCACCAGAUAAAAUCUCUUUAUGCUCCCCAUUUCUCACCACUCGUCUUUCUGAAGUGUCUUUCUGCCUUGCUCUUGAAAAAGGAUGAACAUUUCAUAAAAAUUGUUGUGCACGUGCUGCCCGUCAUAGCGAUUUCCUUUCCAAAGGAAAACAGAAUCAAGGAAGAUUAUGAGGAAUAUAUCAAAAGGAAUAAUGGUAAGGCACAGAUUUGCCUUCUUAACGCUGUAGGAGAGUGGAUCUUUCAUCCACACCAUUUUGAAAAGUAUAUAUUUCAAAACCUAAAUGAAAGCCAAAGAAAGGUCAGAAGAGCAUGUCACCUUAUUUCAAAGCUCCUGAAUCCAUGGCCAUGGGCUCCUCCUUUCAGAGCAAAGCAUUUUAUCAGACCAUGGCACACAUUAUCUGUGGGAGUUGAAUUUCUUCAGCCAGAAGCUGUCAAUUCUCUCUUCCUGAAGGAGUGUACCAAAAACAGUUCUCCUUGGACGGAUGAUACGGUGUUCCAAAAACUACUCUCCUUAUACCAACAUGCAGCUAAGAAAGACACCUUGGGAACGUGGACUGCACAGAAAGUGAUCGAAUCGUCUAUUUCCUUCGAGUAUAUUAUGAAAACAACGACUCGGUUUGUGGAGUACUAAGAUAUUUGGAAUACCUCCAAUCAAACAAUAAUUUUUGUUGACUUAUAAAAAUAAUGUAUUACCCAAGUUCAGCUUUAAAGAUAUAUUAAACAGGUUUACACCUUUGGUCUCAUUUUGAAAAAUUAUCAAUUAGUAGUUUUGCUUGUAAAAUAUAUGCUUACAAUUAUUUUCUGUACGUUACCAUGGACAAAUGCCUUUGAGCAUAUUUCAGAAUCUUUAUAGAACUAUUUUUGUAAUAGCCUGCAGCAUACGCCAGAACUACAAUUUUCUUAAAAUAUUAUUCUAAACAAUAUGAUUCUCAGUUUUGUCUCUGAUAAUUAAUUUGAUUUUGAAUUCACCAUCUGCCAUCAGCCAGCGAGAGCGUUCUUAUUACUCCGAAGUCGAAUUAACCAACAAUAACACAUAAGCGCUUUUAAGAGAUUUUGUAUUAAAGAAAGUGGAUUACUGCUGAAGAUAGUUUCUUCAUAUGACAACUUUUUUGGAUAUUACUUGGAAUUUCAAGUACUCUAACUCGCUAUCUGCAAUACACCUAGGCUACACAGUAAGCAAUUAUAAUGAAAAUGAAACUCUGCAAAACGAAUAACACUUCUGUAGAAAAAAAAUUAGUUAUUCACAAAAAAGUUUAUGUUUGUGUUACGACACUUAGCAGCUUCAUUUUUGGUUACAUACAGAAAAUGAGAAGUUUUUCCAUAUAUACCAAAUUUGACAAUAUAUAAGGCACCAACAGGCCCUCAUUAAACCUGCGCCAAAUGGAAGGAAGCAAAAGAUGGGGCUUAAUCUUAAAAGGGAUGGCAACAUCAGUUACUUCUUGUGAAAUGCGAAAAGGAUCACCCUGAAGAGAAUUAGACUCCUGGCGUUCCCAUCGCCUUUCUCCUUCAGCAGCCCAAAGACCGAGAAGGAAGGAGAGAGGAGGACACCUGAGUGGUGGAACCCAAAAGCUUCCCCGAAGAUAUUAAUUUACAUAUGCAGAAGAAAUAAUGAAAGUCUCAUAAAUGAUAAUGUUUUCCUAGAAUAAAAACCCAAGUUCUGAUGUAAAGAUAACUUAGCAUUCUCUGUGAGGUAUAAUAGUUAUAAAAAUGGCAAACGUUCUUGUAAUAAAGGCCGAAUGCAAAAAAGAACCAUUUGUAGUUGUUAAAAUAUUUGUCUAAACAAAUGAUUCUCAGUUUUGUCUUUUUCCUGUCUGGCAUCAGCAAACAAGAUUUUAGUCGCAUACCAGAUUAUAAACAAAACCGACAGUGAUGGCGAGACACUGCAGAGAGUGCAUUAGACUGCAGUUGGACAAUAAAACCAGACCAAUGUGAGCGUACAGUGAAAUGAUUAUCGUAAAAGUGAGGGUUUUCAAAAAACUUUGUAGGCAGUCGGACAACUAUGCCGUGAUGCAGCGAGAUGCAUAAAAUGGGCGGAGACAAGAGAAAGAAAGAGACGAAAUUCUGGAUAAAUCUAAUUAUUUCCGAUCUGGACGACAUCAUCGAAUGCACCAAAGCAAAAGAAGCAUGGUAAAUAUUGAUUGAUAUACACACAAAAUUGAAUACAUCGUAUAUUUCAAAUACUUGAUAUGCUGCAAGAACUGUGUAGAUGCAGAAAAACUGAAGAAACGUCUAAGGGAAUUUAUAGCCUAUGGAAUCAGAUUAGCCAGAGGUGUAAAUGCAGCUUUAGGAGAAGUGGCUCAAUUUGAAGACUCAAUGGUAGCUGUAUUGUACUUGGAGGUCUUAAGCAUAUUCCCAACCAUCAAAUUUUGCUGAAGUCACAAUUCUCAAAUAUUGAAGAUUAAGUACCAAAACGUAAAGUCGGUGCUGCUUUUCUAGAAGAGGCAAGAAAAGAAGAGGAAUCUUCAGCUUAUAAAAGAAGCUUCAACACUGAUUUAAGAAAAGAUGGAGAUUCAAGCACAAAUUGCAAAAGAGAAGAAGUGAAAGAGGCUCCAAGAAAGAAGAAGACAAAAGAUUUAUCUGCUAUGCUUGUAGCCAGCCUGGUCAUAGAGCAAUAAACUGUCCAAAAGUGAAGAAAGAGGAGAUAAGGAAGAAAUAAGAGACGAGGAACAAAGAAAAUACAUGACGGAAGACAAACAAAAUAAAUGAAGCAAGAAGAAAUCAUCAGGGAAGAAAGUACAAACGACACUGAUGAAAACAGUGGAAGUGAAUCCCAAGUAGAGGAGCUAACAGCUAAAGUUGCUAAAACCAAAAUAAAUCCACGGGAGCUAAUUGUUGUUGUCAUUGAGAAUGAAACCGAAAAGACAGAAAAGGUGAAGGCAAUUGUGAACAUAUCAUCAGUGAAAUAAGAACAUUCCUAAAUUAAUAAGGAACUUUGAUUCUGGUGCUAGUGGUCAUAUGGCACCUCAUAAAGACAUACUAGUGAUUUUGACAGUAGCAUCUCAGGUAAUGAUGGAAAGUAGUCUUCAGUCUUAGGGAGAGGAAAAGUGAUUAUGAAAACUAAAAGACCAUAUGGUGGAUAUGAGUUACUUUAAAAAAUGUAUACUAUGCUCCAAAUCUAGAUCAAAAGCCGAUGCCUGAAAGAAGAUUCGAUGAAAAGGAUUUCAAGCUAGUUACAAAGGGACUAAAUAAGUGCAAGAUGUGAAAGAAUAAUUUCUGAAAGGAUACUGGAAUGAAGCACCAAAGGUGAAUCAAUGCAAAACCAUGAAACAUUUUGGCAAGAAAAUUAAACAAAAUUCAAGCAGAAUGAAGAUACAGAAAUCACAGGGAACAGAGCAACAGUAAAUUUGUGGCACAGAAGGUCUGGACAUGUACUAGCCUUACCCACCCAAAGUUAGUGAAACAAAGACAAAACUGCACCAAAAAAAAUAAAUAAAUAAAUAAAAAGCCAAUGCCGGCUAGUGAUUCAAGCGGUGGAGUGCUAGAAAUAGUGCAUAGUGAUUUUUGUUAGAUUCCUGAACCAUCAUUGAAUGGAAAUACUGAGACAAAACACAACAGACUUAUGUGGUGCCUCCACAUUGUGGUAAUGGGAGAGAUUACGUCAGCCAGGAAUUCUCUGCUUUUCUUACAGAGAAGGUAAUAUGGACAAUGAUUCGAAAAUAAUUAUUCGAAAACAAUUUUUCGAAAACAGUUUUUUGAAAAGUAAAUGUUCGAUUCUACAGUUGUUCGAAUUAACGAUAGUUCGAAAAAGAUACUAGAUAUAAGCAGUUGUUCAAAAUAUUAUUUUAUAAACACUAAUUUUUUUAAUAAUGAGUAUACAAAUAAUUUAUUCAUCUAUUUACUUAUUUACUACUUACAUAUUCCAUUUGUUUAUUUCCUCCAUGCAAUUUCAUUUUAUUUAUUUCUUAUUUUCUUCUAUCUAUAGGUCUAUCUAUUCGAAAAGCUACUGUUCGAAAAUAUUUAUUUUAUACACUCAUUUUGUUUUUGUUAUGAGAAUAAAAAAAAAAUAGAUUAAAGGAUAUAUAAAAAAGGAACAAUAAAAUGGGACAUAAUUUUAUUUCUGAGUAAUAAAAGAUAAAAAUAAGUUUUAAUAAAAAAAAAUAUCUGCAAGUAUACAAACUAAAAUGAUAUGAAACGGCACGUAAAUAUUUCAAUCGAUCUGCAGACUUCCGAUAUUUCUUUUUCCUUGUGUUACACUCUUUCCACCAAAUAACUUUUCGAUAUUAAUUCAGUCAGGGGUUGUUCUCUUCUUUGUGCUGCUAAGAAUUUUCCAGAUAGUUGGACGAUAACCAGAGACUUAAUGAAGAAAUGCAAGGUGGCAUCCCUCAAUUACGUUGUUUGUCUUGGGCAAAUCUUGUACCCUUUCAAAACAGGGUCACAUCUCAAUUUUCAACUUAUAGGCGGGCGACGCAUAUUCCUACGACCAGGCCGCCCAAUCUGCUAAAUAUAUAUUUUCAUCUGCUUCUCCGGAGUUAGAUAGCAAGAAAGAUUCGCCCUUGUUGUUCUCGUAUCUUCUCCUGAUAAUAUUAAUUCGUUUCAGUGAUUAACAGUUGAUCCACAUUGCUCUUCUGCCUCACUCGACGGAUUGUUCGUUUUAUGCUGCAGGUUUCAGGUAGAGCGGCGGCUGCAACACAACAACUUAAUUCUGAAGAUGCGUUAGACAUGAUAUAAUGAGGAGAUUUCGUGUUGUUUUAGCGUCAGUCUUCACUUUACCUAAAAAACUUCCGUACUUCAACAUUUGUCGAAUUUCCUAUGUGAUUAUAUUAUGUUCACCGUCAGUAAAAGUGAUCGUGCCAUCAAUUGUUUAUAGCGCUCCCUUAGCACUUUUCCGCAAAAUGUUGGCAUUUCCAGUAGAUCUCUGUUUUUAUUUACUUGCUUGUCCUUCACAUAUAUGAACCCGUCCAUUAAUAACAUGUCUCUUCCUUUCUCGCUUUGAAUAAAUUCAGCCAUGUCUUUUUGCAAAGGGUGUAUCCACUAAGCUAAAAAAAAAUCUAUUGAGUUUUCCUGGAAUCCAAGCUUUGAGAAUCAACAAAGUAUUCACUAAUAAUUAGAGUACUAUCGAACAACUGUUCUCGAAGAAAUGUUCGUAAAAUGUUGGUUCUAACAAUUACUAAAUCGAACAGUUGGUUUUCGAACCGUUUUCGAAAAAUUGUAUUCGAACAAUUGUUUUCGAACAAUUAUUUUCGAAUA